AUGUCAAAAAUUCAGUACGAUGUGGCCGUUGAUCCAGUAACCAUCGUGAUCAAAGAGUGCAUUACUCUCUCGACUGCAAUGCGGAAAUACUCCAAGUACACGUCACAGACGGGCGUGGCAGCUUUACUGACCGGUGGAAGCGAGAUUUUCAGUAAUCAGGACGAUUCACUCGCCGAUACAUUUAAUAAUUUGUCAACGAGCAAAAAUAAAGACCCAGUUUUAUCAGGACUGGUGCAACUGAGAUUGAUGCUCAACAAUCUGAGCUCCCUAGAAUCAAUCGACUCACUAACGCUUCUGCAACCAUUUUUAAUCGUAAUAAGCACACCAACCAUUUCCGGAUACAUCACGUCCCUAGCACUGGACUCCUUGCAGAAAUUCAUCGCGUUUAACCUCAUAUCCGAGAACUCUCUCAAUCACAUUAUUGCCUAUCGCGAAGCAGUCAAUGCUUUAACGCACUGCAGAUUUGAAGGUUCUGAACAGACCAGCGACGAUUCUGUUCUUUUGAAGGUACUUGUAUCACUCGAGGCUCUCAUAAAAUCCAAGCAUUCUGUCAUUUUGUCAGAUUCAAUAGUCUAUGAAGUUUUGCAGACGGUCAUGUCUCUGGCUUGUAACAAGAAACGUACCGAAGUGCUCAGAAAGGCCGCUGAGAUGUCAAUGAUGUCCAUAACAGUGGAAAUUUUUGCCAGAUUACGUUACGUCGAAGCGACAGAUUACCAAAAGUACAUUGACGAUGAAGAUUUCUCCAAAAAAGUGUUGAAGGAUGAUACUAUUGGCCCAGACGUCGGGGAGACACUCCUGGAAAACGAGUCUAAAGAUGAACUAUCUUCAACGGGCAGUCUUGAACCGCAGGUGCAGUCUCAGCAUAAAGGAUCACACUCUAUUGAGGAAAAUUAUGGUCUUCCCGUCAUCAAAGACUACCUGAGCAUUUUGAUCUCAUUAAUUAUGCCGGAGAAUCAAUACAAACACAACAAUUCAACCAAAGUGUUCGGUUUGAAUCUUUUGAAUAUGGCCGUUGAAAUAUCCGGUGAUCUUUUCCCGCACCAUCCACGUCUUUUCAGCCUUAUUUCGGAUCCCAUUUUCAAGAACGUUCUUUUCAUCAUUCAAAACACCGAUAAACUUUCAUUAUUACAAUCUGCGUUGCAUUUGUUCACCACGCUGGUCAUAGUCAUGGGUGACCAUUUGCAAAAACAGAUCGAGCUUACUUUUGAAAGCAUAUUUCAAAGUCUACAAAGCGAUAAAGCUACCUCAUCUAGGCCACGAACUUCUGCGGCCAAAGAGCUCAUUAUCGAGCAGAUUUCAAUCUUGUGGACAAGAACCCCUUCAUUUUUUACUAAAUUGUUUGUCAACUACGAUUGCGACCUAAACAGAUCCGACCUAUCGACUAUGGUGUUGAACUCUCUGACAAGAUUGGCGCUACCGGAGGCUGCUUUAAUCACAGCAGAUAGUGUCCCACCAAUAUGUCUAGAGGGAUUGAUUUCUUUCAUCGACAACAUGUAUUCAAAUUUGGAUGGCUCAGGAACAGAUUUUUUGGACGGAGGUGCCCCGAUCGAUGCUCUUGAAGAGCGCGCUAAAAAGACCGAGUUUAUCAGAUGUACCGAUGCUUUCAACGAAAAGCCCAAGAAGGGAAUUGCUCUGUUGAUAGAGAAUAAAUUCAUUAGUUCAGACUCCAGUGAGGAUAUCGCCAAAUUUUUGUUUGAUGAGAAUGGAAGACUCAACAAGAAGGCUAUUGGUGAGCAUAUAGCCAGCCCUGACAACCUUCCCCUUUUGAAAAAGUUUAUUGAGCUGUUUGAUUUCAAAGGGCUUCGCAUUGACGAGGCCAUUCGUAUCAUGCUAACAAAAUUCAGACUUCCAGGUGAGUCCCAGCAAAUUGAACGUAUUGUCGAGACGUUCUCGGCUUCUUACGUCGAAAGUCAAGAGUAUGAUCACGCGAAAGCUGACCAAGACACUGAAAAUGACUAUAGCACAGUGCAACCAGACGCCGAUUCCGUUUUCAUAUUGAGCUUUUCAGUAAUCAUGCUCAACACCGAUUUACACAACCCACAGGUUAAGAAGCAUAUGACCUUUGACGACUACACGUACAAUUUGAAGGGAUGUAAUGACCAAAAAGAUUUUCCUAUGUGGUAUCUGGAUAGGAUAUUCUGCUCCAUUAGAGAUAAAGAAAUCGUAAUGCCCGAAGAGCACCACGGAACGGAACGGUGGUUUGACGAUGCAUGGAACAAUCUUGUAGCUUCAACAACAGUCAUCACACAAACAGCACACAACACACUUUCAAAGGAUCGAAAUAUCGACAAAAGAGCACUUAUACAGUUUGACAAAGCAAUUUUUGAGGUGGUCGGAACCUCGAUAGUUAAAACACUUUUCAAGAUUUUUGAGGUGGCGUCCGAUGACCAUAUCAGUACUCGUAUGCUUACCAGCGUCGACAAAUGCGCGCACAUUGCCUCAUUUUUUGGGCAAAGAGAGCUGUUCAACAAUAUUUUACAAACAAUUGCUAAGUCGACGGUACUAACAAAGCAGCCAGUAAAAUUACCACACGGUGCUCAAGAUCUAAAUGAAAUACCCGUUGUCGAGAUAAAUGUCGAAGAAUCUAAAGAAGUUGUUACUGUAAGCAGCCUGUCUGCUAGGUUUGGCAGCAGUUUCAAAAGUCAGCUAUGCCAUGUGGUACUCUUCCGCUUCUUGCAGCAAAACAAUCAAACUGAUUUGAUUGAUGAGGGUGUUUGGUCUCUAGUCGUUGAAAUCAUACUGAACCUAUUUGAAAAUGCACUUAUUACACCAGAUGUUUUCCCAGAUCUUCAAAAUACCUUGAAGGUUGGCAGGUUACCAAGACCCGCUCCUGAAUAUACAAUUAACAAGUCGAAGCUAAACAAAGGACUUCUUUCUACGUUUGCGUCCUAUUUGAAAGGUGACGAAGAGCCAACAGAUGAGGAGUUGAAGCUUUCGGUAAGCGCCCAAGAAUGCGUGAAAUCUAGCCGCGUUACCUCCUCUAUUUUUGGCAAUGAAAAUAACGUUAAGGGACCACUUGUGUUGGCUCUGCUAGAGUUUGUGCCAAUGAAAAUUUCUUCAGACAACAACAGAUACUUCGAAGCCGAAAUUCUUUUCGUCCUGGAACUUGCCGUUGCCUCUUACCUUUUCUGCAAAGAUAAAAAGAAUAUUGGGAAAGCGGUACUAUCAAAGCUAGUUGAAGUUUCUAAGCUGAAAGACAGAAGUAAGGCUUUCAAGCGGCGUAUCUCCUCUUACAAACUUCUUCUUGUCUCGGUUUUGGAUGAGCCACAUGCUAUCACAAGCCUGAUCAAUAAUGACGUUCUGGAAGAGAAUGCAGUCUAUGGCCCUGAUUUUUUUGCCAGCAAACAAGGUACAGAAAUGUUACGCAUGAUACUCUCGCUAACAGAAAUUGAGAACUAUAAUACUGUUUUGCUUCAGGAUGACGGAUUCUGGAAGCUUCUUCGUAGUUUCGCAGCUACCGAGGGUCAAACGUUUACUGUUUUCGAGUAUUUGGAUAACUCAAUUCUAAAGAAAGAGAACACGGUCUCUUCGAAGAACUUUCUUUCCAUUCUUGGUCUUCUCGACGAAAUUUCUAGCGUUGGCGCAAUGAGUGGAGAGUGGGAAGACCGGAACGAAAAAGUUACAGCAAGCGGACAAAAACCAGAAGCGGAAAACCCCUACCAAGAGGCCGUAGAGCUUUCGCUCAAAUCUAUCAAUGCAACCGGUCACCUGUUGGAGAUCAAGCGAGCGGAGCCCUUCAGCAAGCGAGAACUUUUGGGCGUUGUUCAAGCUUUCUCUCAUCAAUGUUACAAUCCAUGUUUCCAAUUGCGAACGUUUGCGCUGAGUGUGCUGGAAGCAACCCUCUCGAAACACUCAAGUAAAUAUGUGGAAACUACAUCUGUCGCCGAGGUAUUUGAAAGUGGUCUUCUAAGCAUAAUGGAAGGCGACAAAAAACGAGCAAGUGUGUCUGACACCAUGGCCUUGUUUUCAAAAGUUUACACCAACUUUUUGGUAAAUGGGAAUGGAGAUAACGAAACUUUUUUGAAGUUGCUGAACAUUUUUGACAAAUUCGUAGACGAUUCCUCUGUCGAGAAGACGUUACAAGACCUUAUAGCCGAGAAGAAAGCGUUUGAUAAGAAACAAAAUGCUCUGAAAGAAAACGCCAACGAGAUGCAACCGGUCGAAGCUCUCCCUAGCGGGGACGUGAUAUCUACCUGA